UUCCAGUGAAAUAAAUCCUGAGGAAAUUGAUCUCACCAACCUUACAACAGUCUUUGAUAAUGAUAUUAGUAUUAAAGAUCCUAAUGAUGAUGAUGAAAUUGAUAAUCAUCCAAAGCAGCAAAAAAUUUCUAUAAAUAUACCACAGGACUGUAAUGAUUUAAUUGGGAAGGAUAAAUCAGCAUUAUAUAUAAACAAAAAUCUCUUAAAAGGAAUUUAUGAAAAAGCCAAAGAAGAUUUAGGUGUAAUUCAACAACAACAACAAUCACAAUUACUGGGAAUUCUCUUCUUCAGAAUAUAUUUGCUAAUCAUUAUCGAACUGAAAGCAUCACAGGAAUCACACUUUCCAAUCUUAUUACAAUUAGCAAAAAAGUACUUAGCUAUUCUGGCAUCUGCUUCCAGUGAAAGAUUGUUCUCUGAUGCUGGUAAUGUUAUGAUAGUUAGGCAUACUAAUUUAUUGCCAUCUAAUUUUGAAUAUUUAGUAUUUUGUAAAUGA